AUGCCGCCGCGCUAUCAACCACCUCACCGGUCUGCCAACUACAACAACAGCAACGUCAAUAAUCCCAACCACCCGCAUUAUCUCCAGCCAGUUCCCAACGACUCUCCCUCAGCUCCUCCUCCUUCCUUUCCUUCCUCCGCUCCUUACCCUCCAACCAAUCGUAGCCAACAGCAAUGGGACCAGUCUGAAUCCCAAUACGACAACCACAACAACACCCGUGGACACUCUGGUCGCGGCGGAGGAUCCAGAGGAGGUGGAUACAACAGCAACAACAACGGCGGCGGUGGUGGUCGCAGUUUCCGAUCCAACAAUAACAACACCCAUAAUGGCAACGGUGGCUAUGGUGGAGGAGGAGGAGGAGGUCGUGGCGGCCGAGGUGGAGGAAGAGGCGGUCGUUUUGGCGGCCCUCCUCCAGUCAAGCAGGAGCGAAUCUACCUCUACGAUCAGCGUCAUUUAGAUACCUCCUACAACACCGAUCAUUCCGAGAGUACUGCUGAAAAGGGUGAGCGCUGGUGGGAUAACCCCAAGAACUACCUCCAGUUUGUUUGCAGGGCGAUCGAUCCCCAGCCUCAGUUUGAGAUCGUGUCGACCCCAGGGUUGCCCGGGAACUGGGUCAGGAUGGAGUUCAAGGUCCAGACUCCCGACCCGGAAAUCAUCAUCAUCGGACGCGGCGACGGCAAGAACAAGAAGGAUGCCGAAAAGAUCUGUGCGCUCGAUACCUGCUAUCAGUUGGACAAGCUUUCGCUGAUUGAAUAUUAUCGCCAAUACGGUCGUGGCAAGAAGAACAUUGCCAAGUCUCCCAAGGACUGGGCCGUCAACUUUUUCGUCAACAAGAAGGUUGGCCUCCCAAAGUACGACACCAAGACCGAUCCUGCCACCAAGACUGUGACCUCGUCUCUCAAGUACGAAAACAUUGUCGGAUCUGGAUCCGGACCUACCGUUGAAGCAGCAGAGAUGGCGGCUGCAGCACAGUUCCAGCAGAUGGCCAUCGCCCGUGGGGCCAAUGCUGUCCUCCCCCAGCCUGGAUCGCUCGAGGAGUCAGGAUUCACUGUCGAAGUCGCCAGGAAGUUUGUCGAUUAUUUCAUCCGCACAUUCAACCUUGGACCUCCCUACAUCGACUACCACAGCUCAGGAAAGACGCACCAGGCUCUCUGGCAGGCGGACCUCGUUGUGCAGGAUCGGAUCAUGGGUUCGGGCAAGAAGAGGAGUAAGAAGGAUGCUGAGCAUGCUGCCUACGUCGACGCAGCUGUCAACAUGAAGAAGGAAUCGACAGCGACCUGGCAGCAGUUCGAGUCGACCAAGGACAGCAAAGGAAAGCAUGCCGAUGUUGUCCGUGCGGCGCCCAGUAUUCAUAUUGGAAUGGAUGAGUCGAUGAGACAGGACAUUGAGGUGAUGCUCAGCAACCUUAGCCGGCAGGCCUUCUUCACCGCCAAGCGCCCUCAACUAGGCGUCAAGUCACCCUCGGAUGACUCUGAAAAGUCGUCAAAGCAGCAACAACCUACCAACAACCGCAGGAACAACCGUGGGCUCGUUGGCAGAAUGGAUGGGCAGCAGAUGGCCGGAAAGUCCGCACGACUCUUUGAUCAAUGGCACGCCUACCAACAAAACCCAUCGCUCGCCAAAAUCCGGUCAGGAAGGGCUACUUUGCCGAUUGCCCACUACGCCGAGGAGAUCACAAGCAAGCUCCGCGACAACGAUGUGGUGGUUCUGGUCGGACAGACAGGAUGCGGCAAAACCACUCAGCUGCCACAGAUCAUUCUGGAAGAAUACAUCAAGAACCGCCAAGGAGCAGCCUGCAACAUCAUUUGUACUCAACCCCGCCGAAUUGCCGCCAUUUCUGUGGCACAACGCGUUGCGGUCGAGCGAGGAGAGCGGGUUGGACAGUCGGUCGGUUACCAAGUUCGUUUCGACAAUCAACCACCCACCCCUGGCGGAUCGAUCCUGUACUGCACAACGGGUAUCUUUUUGCGUAUGAUGCACAACGAGGGACAGAACGGACCAACAGGAGCAGGCGGACACGGUGCGGCUGGAUCGGCGCCUCACGACCCCUUCCGAGGCGUGAGUCAUAUUGUUGUGGACGAGGUUCACGAGCGCGACAUUGACACGGAUUUCUUGCUGGUGUUGCUGCGACAGAUGCAGCGGGAGCGUCGCGCCAAGGGUCUAUCAGUGAUCAAGCUCAUCUUGAUGAGUGCCACCAUCGACACAGGAUUGUUUGCGUCGUACUUUGGCGAGGGUUUCAAGAGUGGACAGUGUCCUUCGAUCUCAGUCCCUGGUCGUACCUUCCCUGUCAAGCAGUUCUUCUUGAACGAGCUGCUGGAUUCGAUGUACAGGAAGCACUCACAGUCGGCCAUGUCGGCAUUCUCGAGGCACGAGCAGACCAGCAAGUAUAUCCAACGCGAGAUGAACAUCAUGCCAGUCGGACCCCCUCAGCCGCAUCAGCCAUCUCGACCCUCUGCACCAGCCAAGAAAUACGACAGUGACGAUGAGGAGGACGACGUGGACGACAGCGAACUGGAUUACGCCGAGAGCAUUCUGAUGCAGGCACGAAACGUCUCCAGAAUGUCUAGGGAUGAAGUCUUGGAUGCAGAGAUCCCAGCCUAUUUGAUCGCCAUGACCAUCUCACACAUUAUCAAGACCACACCGCCAUCGGGAGCGAUCCUAUGUUUCUUGUCAGGAUGGGAGGAUAUGCAGGAGGUGCAGCGGCAGCUGGUCAACUUGGCGCCCUUGGGCAUCGACUACAACGACACCAACAAGUACAGGAUCCAUGUUCUCCACUCGACCCUCCCCUCGAUCUCACAGCAGGAAGUUUUUGAGCCCCUGCCUGACCCCGGAAUGCGCAAGAUUAUUCUUGCGACCAACAUUGCCGAGACGUCGAUUACUAUCCAGGAUGUGGUCCAUGUGGUCGACAGUGCCAAGGUCAAGGAGACCAACUAUGACCCCACCAAGCGGAUGACGACGCUGUUGCCCACAUGGAUCAGUGCAUCGAGCUUGAAGCAGAGAGCAGGACGUGCCGGUCGUGUUCAGGAGGGUCAGUACUUUUGCAUGAUGUCCCAGCAGCGCCGCGAGCUCUUGGACUCGUUCUCGAUCCCAGAGAUGCUACGUUCGGACUUGCAGGAGAUCUGUCUUCACAUCAAGUCCGUCGACAGCUUUACCAAGAUUGCCAGCGUCUUGGCCGAGGCCAUUCAGCCUCCCGACCAACUCAGUGUUUCUGACGCUCUGGCUCAAUUGACAUCCUUGGGAGCUUUGGACCGGAACGAGAACUUGACGCCCCUGGGUAGGGUCCUGGCAACUCUUCCUGUCGAGCCCAGUUUCGGAAGAUGUUUGAUCUUGAGUUGUGUCUUCCGUUGUCUCGACCCUGUCUUGACCCUCUGUGCCUCCCUGGGCACCAAGGACAUUUUCGUCUCGCCGCUCAUGCGCAAAGAGCAGGCGGAUCGGGCCAAGAUGAAGUGGGCCAAGGAGUUGAACAGUGACCAUUUGGCGAUGAUGAACGCGUACAAUGCCUGGCAGGACGUGAUGGCCCAGGCAAUGACGCAGCUGGAGCGGACAGGCGAGCGCGGGGACCCCACGCGGGCGUCAUUUGCGUUCACGGACCAGAACUUUUUGAGUCGCCAGGCGCUGGACAAUGUCAAGCGUGCCAAGACUCAGCUUUUGGGGUUGCUCGAGAAGGCCGGUGUCGUGCCCACGAUGACCUUCCAACAGCGUCAGCAGCAGGCGUCGAGCUUUGAGAUGGGUCCUGCCGACUACAACAAGAACUCGAACUGUAUCCCGUUGUUGAGGGCCAUGAUCUGCGCGGGAGUGUUCCCUAACAUCUCGUACAAGACCAGCAAGAAGAUCCAUAGGACACGCCAUGAUAACACGUGUAUUGUCCACCCGGGGUCGGUCAACUCGAUGAGGGGCGAGAGGAUGAUGCAUCCGGAUCAGGUGCCCGAGCCAGGGUCGGUCUAUGCGUUCUCGACCAAGGUCCGGACGGGGGAGACACAAAUCUUUUUGAGGAACACGACAAAGUUGGAUCCGAUUUCGAUCUUGCUGUUUGCGGGUGAGAAUGAUGUGGAGGUGGUUGGGUAUAACCAGCUGGUGGUUGACGGGUGGUGGAAGUUUAAUGGAUCGGAGAGGACGAUUCGGACGUUGGCUUCGUUGAGGGAGUUGAUGACGGAUGGGUUUGAAAAGAUGUUUUUGAUCCUUGAUCACAAGAGUCGGAACUCGCAUCUCCUCCAACAGCAAGGACGGAACAAUGGGUCCAGGAACGGUGGUGGACCGAACAACGCCAAUAUCAAUCUUCAGGACAGUAACCGGUCGACGCCCUCCCCACAGCUCGGAUACUAUGGCGUUGGAUUGGAUUUGGGCCACAGCGGAGGAAGCGGUCUUAAUGAGAGUGGAGUGGACGAUGGGGUGGAUAUGGAUGCCCUGUUGGCGCAAGCGAUCGAGUCGGGCAAGGACUGGCUGGACCAGCCUGCGAUGGUCCGAUUGGUCGAGGGGGUCGUCGAUCUCCUCCAGGCCUCGGAUGAGGAGAUGAUGGCCGGUGGCGGUGGCGGCGGCGGGUCCAGUGGACAUGGAUACCAUGGAUCGUCGUACUACCCGAGCAAUGGAGGAAGUGGGUACAACAGCGGAUAUGGCAGCGGGAAUAACAGUGGACGUUCCAGUGCUAUGGAUUACCACCAUCCUUCGUCGUCGCAGCAUCUGCCUUUCCCUACUAGCUCCAGGGCUUAUAGUGGUGGUGGAUCGUUUUACUCGUCGGGAGGAGGACAUAGCAACAACGGUAGUCGACCUAGUAGUCGGGCGGGGUACUCCACCAACAACUCGAACAGCUACGGUGGUGGUGGUGGAUAUCAUAAUAGCCAUCAUGGUGGGCAUCAUGGACACGGUGGACAUGGAGCAUCCCCGAUGCAUCAGCAGCAGCAGCCGCAGCAGCCGCAGAGCCAGGACCCUCGUGAGAUGUGGACCACCAAUGCUGGACAGGGCACUGGAGGCAGCCAACACAGCUGGUUCUAA